AUGCACGUCCGUUCCCUCCUCAGUCUGGAUCCUACGAAGCCACAGGAUGACAUGGGGUUCACGAAAAUGUUUAUGCCAAAUGUCCCAUAUGCUAUUGAAUUUCAGGCGAAGGUUCCAGAAGUGAAGCUUAGGCGUAUGAUGCAGAACUAUCCUGGGGCUGGGUGA